GGCACUGAAGUUGACAGGGCUCCCUUCUUAGUUUAGUUUAUUUUUAUUUCUUUUCUUUUCUUUUUGAGGGGAUAAAGGGCUUGCUAUUUGUAGUUCGCAAAGAAAGGCAGUAGGUGGCGGUAAUGCACCAGUUUGGAUGCCAGCCGCCUAAAAACAAAUAAAACAAAAAAAGAAGAAGAAUCUAAGAGCCAAUCAGCUCUCCGUGAGGGCAGCGAGGCGUUUCCCAUCAUGCACUGGGCCACGCAGUCGGUGGAGAAGCAACUGCGGCGCCUCGGCUCUGUUGAGAUUCUCAGUGACCACGUGAUGGUGCGUCGUUCAAAGAUGGAGUCCCACGAGCCUCCGGUGUCGGUCUCCGUGUCUCCGGGAGAAAUGCUGAGGCUGUUGGUGAAGCAGCAAGUCCACGCGGCCGUCGAAGAGUCUUCUGGGCUGUUGGACACAUUGACAGCAGCUUAUGAGGACACCGUGUCUCAGCUCAGAGAACACGAGCGACGCGCAUCAGAUGUCCAGCAGCUGGUUGGGAUUAAAGCAGAUGUCCCCCCUGAGGACCAGGACCAAGAGGAGCCGGAGCCCCUCCUCAUAAAAGAGGAGCUGCAGGAUCUCUGGACCCGUCUAGAGGGAGAUCAGCUCAUUGUGCUGGAGGAGGCCGAUAUCACCAAGUUCUUAUCCACUGCUGUUACUGUGAAGAGUGAAGAUGACGAACCUCAGACCUCACGGCUUCAUCAAAGCCAGACGGAGAACAACAAAGAGGCGGAGCCUCCCGCCUGCAGCUCAGCUACGACAAUACAAACAGAAACUGAUGGAGAGGACUGUGGGGCAUCAGGACCAGACAGGAACCUAAAUCCACAUCGUCAUUCACAUCCAAAUGCUGAUGAUGAAGAGGCUUCAGAUUCUUCUGAGACUGAGGUCAGUUAUGGUGAUUGGCAAGAAGCUUUGUCAGAUUCUGGACCUGAAAGUGAAGAUGGGGACAAUGUCUGGAAGGAGCCCAGGACACCUGAGUCUGCUGCACAUGCCCUGAAAUAUAAGGAAGCUCUUGUAAGUCAUGUGGGAUGUAACACUGGCAACAAAUCCAAUGAAUCACGAUCAAAAGAGCUCAUGAGAGAGAAAGCAUUCAGGUGUGAUGAGUAUUUACACGACAGGAAGUCUGAAGGAACACAUGAGUACACACAGGAGAGAAACCAUUCAGUUCUGAUGUUUGUGGGAAAGUUUUGCAAGAAAAGAUCCAUGCAGGUGACGCCCGUGACCCUGCCUGCAGAUGAACCUACACCUGAGGACAUUUGGCUGAGAGCUGCCAGCCAGACGACCCAGUGGGCCUCAUAG